CUCCUUGUCCGAGCUGAUACUUGCUCAAUUGUCUCUAUCCUUAAUUAAAUUUACUCGAUAUAUCUUAAAGAUAUCCCGAGAAUCAUGGCAUCCGCUCCCAGAGGUCGUCUCCAAGGCAAGAAUGCCAUCAUUACCGGUGCAGCUGGCGGCAUCGGCCUCGAAACCAGCAUCCUCUUCGCCCGCGAAGGCGCCAACAUCCUAAUGGCUGACAUCUCGGCCCCCGCCCUAGAGAAAGCCCUCGCCAAAGUCAAUGAAGUCGUUCCCACCGCUCCCCGCGUCGAGACCAUCAAAUGCGACGUCUCCAAGGAAUCCGACGUACAAGCCAUGGUCGAGUCCCAGGACAGCUGGGGCGGCACCGACGUCAUCUUCAACAACGCGGGCAUCAUGCACGCCGACGAUGCCGACGCCGUGGACACCCCCGAGAAGAUCUGGGAUCUGACGCAUAACAUCAACGUCAAGGGUGUGUGGUUCGGAUGCAAGCAUGCUGUGCUGAGUCUGCGUCGUCACAAGAAGACCAAGGGCAGCAUCAUCAACACGGCGAGUGUGGUCGCCUUGGUGGGAAGUGCUACGCCCCAGUUGGCGUACACGGCUAGUAAGGGUGCUGUGUUGGCGUUGACGCGCGAAUUGGCUAUUGUGCAUGCGAGGGAGGGAUUCCGGUUCAAUGCGCUGUGUCCGGCGCCGUUGAACACUCCCCUUUUGCAAGAUUGGCUGGGUGACGACAAGCCCAAGCGCUUCCGGCGGGAGGUGCACUUCCCUACUGGUCGGUUCGGAGAGGCUAUUGAGCAGGCUCAUGCUGUGGUGUUUUUGGCUAGUGACGAGAGCAGUUUCGUCAAUGGUAGUGACUUUGUCGUGGAUGGUGGAAUGUCCAAGGCGUAUGUUACUCCAGAGGGACCGGCCACCGCCGCUCCUCAGAACCUGGGACAUUAGUAUAGCCAUCCUACGAUAUAUGAAUUGAAUGAUUUUGAAAUCCGUCUUAAAGUUCAGUACGACACUCGCAACAACAUUAACUAAUAUGUU